GAUAUGGCGGACGCAGCUCCAGCCCGUGGCGGAUUCCGGGGCGGUUUUGGCGCGCGCGGCCGCGGCCGGGGGCGCGGUCGUGGCCGCGGCCGCGGGCGCGGACGUGGCCGCGGCGGCAAGGACGAGAAGGAGUGGGUGCCCGUCACCAAGCUGGGCCGCCUGGUCAAGGAUGGCAAGAUCAAGAUGCUGGAGGAGAUCUUCCUCUUCUCGAUGCCCAUCAAGGAGUUCGAGAUCAUCGACACGUUCCUGGGCUCGGCGCUGCGCGAUGACGUUCUGAAGAUCAUGCCGGUGCAGAAGCAGACGCGUGCCGGUCAGCGCACCCGCUUCAAGGCCUUCGUCGCGAUCGGCGACUCCAACGGCCACAUCGGCCUGGGCGUCAAGUGCUCCAAGGAGGUGGCCACGGCCAUCCGGGGCGCCAUCGUGCUGGCCAAGCUCUCGAUCGUGCCGGUGCGGCGCGGCUACUGGGGUAACAAGAUCGGCAAGCCUCACACGGUCCCGUGCAAGGUGACCGGCAAGUGCGGCUCCGUCCAGGUGCGGCUGAUCCCGGCGCCGCGCGGUACCGGCAUCGUGUCGGCGCCCAUCCCCAAACACCUGCUCACCAUGGCCGGCAUCGAGGACUGCUACACGUCCGCCCGCGGCAGCACCAGCACGCUCGGCAACUUCGCCAAGGCGACGUAUGCGGCCAUCGCCAAGACGUACGGCUACCUGACGCCGGACCUGUGGAAGGAGACGGUGUUCACCAUGUCGCCGAUCCAGGAGUUCACAGACUACCUGGUGAAGAACCACCGGCAGGUGCAGACCACCCAGCGCGAGGAGGCCUAGGGCCGGCGAACGCGCGCGCGCCAACCGAAUACAAAUGUAGAGAAGUG